AUGUCUUGCUCCAGCCUGUCCUAUCCAGAAUGCGGGGUAGCCCGUCCCCGUCCAGUUUCUGGCAGCUGCAAUGAGCCGUGCGUUAGGCAGUGCCCUGACUCUGAAGUGCUGAUCAGACCAUCACCGGUUGUUGUGACCAUCCCAGGACCAAUUCUCAGCACUUUCCCUCAGCAGAGUGCAGUGGGAUCCGUUGGAGCACCUGUGGUCGGACCCGGCUAUGGGGGCUCAUUCGGUUCUGGGGGACUGUAUGGCUAUGGAGGUCCUUAUGGAGGAUUGUAUGGUUACGGGGGAUUAGGUGGUUAUGGGGGCCAUUAUGGUUAUGGUGGAUUGGGUGGUUAUGGGGGACUGUGUGGUUAUGGGGGAGGUUAUGGGGGACUGUGUGGUUAUGGGGGAGGUUACGGUUAUGGGGGACUGUGUGGUUAUGGGGGAGGUUAUGGGGGACUGUGUGGUUAUGGGGGAGGCUAUGGAGGACUCUGUGGUUACGGGGGAGGUUACGGUUAUGGAGGAUUAGGUGGUUAUGGGGGAUUAUGUGGUUACGGGGGAUAUCGCCGUAGGUAUUACGGUGGAUACUGUGGGCCAUGUUAA